CGUGGAGGAAGUAAGAGAACCCUAAAAUUGAGUUGGUAUAAAAACCCUAGCAUCAGUAUUUUCAUGUAGAAGGUCGGCGGUUCCAUCACCACAACGCCGGACGACAAUGGUACUUCUCUCCUCCUCUGUCGUUCAAUCUUCAUUUCUCUCUGUCUUUCCUCUACAAGUAUUUUCUGUUGUUAGUUUGAUAUCAAAGGUUCAGAAAUCUUGUUGUUAAGAGAUUGUGGGUGUUUCCUGUCAUUUUAAAUGUUGUAUAGUGUAUUAGGUUUGUUUUUCUGACAUUUGAGUCUCGGGUUAGAGUGUGAACGAUCUAUCUCUCUUAGUUUUUUUGAGAUUGGAUCUUGCUUUCAUGCUUGUUUGUGAGAUUGAUUGGUUGUGUUAUUGCAGGGUAUUGAUCUGAUCGCCGGAGGUAAGAGUAAGAAGACCAAAAGGACAGCUCCAAAGUCUGAUGAUGUCUACCUCAAGCUUACUGUCAAGCUUUACCGGUUUCUGGUAAGGAGAACUAAUAGCAAGUUCAAUGGUGUGAUAUUGAAGAGGCUUUUCAUGAGCAAAGUCAACAAAGCUCCUCUUUCUCUAUCUAGGCUUGUGGAGUUCAUGACUGGCAAGGAAGAUAAGAUUGCCGUCUUGGUUGGAACUAUAACUGAUGAUUUGAGGGUACACGAGAUUCCAGCCAUGAAAGUGACUGCCUUGAGGUUCACAGAGAGAGCAAGGGCUCGCAUUGAGAAAGCUGGAGGUGAAUGCUUAACCUUUGACCAGCUCGCUCUCAGAGCUCCAUUGGGCCAGAACACGGUUCUUCUUAGAGGACCUAAGAAUUCACGUGAAGCAGUGAAGCAUUUCGGACCUGCUCCUGGUGUGCCACACAGUCACUCCAAGCCAUAUGUUCGGGCCAAGGGAAGGAAGUUCGAGAAGGCCAGAGGAAAGAGGAAGAGUCGUGGAUUCAAGGUUUAAGAAAGUUGUUGCCGCCAUUGGACUUGAUUCUGGAGUACUGUUGCUUCUUGGUUGCUUUUGUAAUCGGAUUUUUGUUAGGGAACUCUGUUUUUUCUUUCCUCUUUCAGACAUGCUACUAAGUUUGCUUCUACUGGAUUCAUCGUGUGGUUAUUACACUUGCAGCUUUACUAUGUUAAACUUAAUUCAUUAUCUUUCUACUAAGGUCUUGACAUCUCAAGACAUCAUAGAACUUUCUUGGUGUUUAGCAUUCUUUCAUUAUUUC